AUGUCCUUCUGGUUCAUAUUUCUAUUCGCGUACAACUUUGUGCAAAUUUUUACAUUCUUAUUAAUCUGGUCGAUCGUAUUACUGGCUGUUUUUCGUCUUUUCAUCUACUUUGUCUUCACUUAUUACCCUCAAAAUGGAGUUUCUUUUGCGGCUGUCGUGUCGAGUUUAGUGAUAAGUGCACUUCUUUUUGAGCUGAUUCGUCAGUACCAUGAAUCGAUGUCUAAAAGUUCUUCAGGAUUUUCGUCUUUUGUAACUGAAAUGUACUCGUACUCAAGCACAAGCUAUCAAAUCAAUUGGUUUGGUCCGAUAUGGCGAUUAAAUCCGUUUUAUAUUGCUGCAACUUUGUUUGGAGAGAUUAUUGUCGUCUUUUCUGGAGUGUGUGGUCGUUCAGUUGGUGAAUAUGUUUCUGGAAUUUUCCAUGAACAGUCCUUGGUUACUGGAAUCGUCUCAGUUCUUCUAACGACAAUUGUGAUCAUCAUCAGCAUGUUUGCACUUAUGGGGUACCAGAUAAAUGCUGGACUGCAAGGAAUUACUGUUUCGAGAUCAAGAUAUGGGACAAACAGUGGACGAAGCUAUCCUAGUCUAGCUGUGAAAUAA